AUGUCUGCUAAUGAUAAAUACGCUACACCAUUAUCUUCACGUUAUGCUAGUGAAGAAAUGUCAUCAAUUUUUUCUUUAAGAAAUAGAUUUUCAACAUGGAGAAAAUUAUGGUAUAAUUUAGCAAUUGCAGAACGUGAAUUAGGUCUUGAUGUUGUUACUCAAGAAGCAAUUGAUCAAAUGUCUAAAAAUUUAGAAAUUACAGAUGAAGAAAUCACAGCUGCUUCUAAAGAAGAAGCUAAAGUUCGUCAUGAUGUUAUGGCUCAUGUUCAUGUUUUUGGUGAUACAUGUCCUGCAGCUGCUGGUAUUAUUCAUUUAGGUGCUACAUCAUGUUAUGUUACUGAUAAUGCUGAUUUGAUCUUCUUAAGAGAUGCUUAUGAUGUUUUAAUUCCAAAAUUAGUCAAUGUUAUUGAUCGUUUAAGUAAAUUUGCUGAUGAAUAUAAAGAUUUACCAGUUUUAGGUUGGACUCAUUUUCAACCAGCUCAAUUAACUACUGUUGGUAAAAGAGCUACAUUAUGGAUUCAAGAAUUAUUAUGGGAUUUAAGAAAUUUCGUUAGAGCUAGAAAUGAUAUUGGUCUUAGAGGUGUUAAAGGUACUACCGGUACUCAAGCUUCAUUUUUAGCAUUAUUCCAUGGUGAUGAUGAUAAAGUUGAAGAUUUAGAUGCAAGAGUUACAGAAUUAUUAGGAUUUGAUAUUAAUUAUCCAGUUACUGGUCAAACUUAUUCAAGAAAAAUUGAUAUUGAUGUUGUUUCACCAUUAUCAAGUUUUGCAGCAACUGCUCAUAAAUUUGGUACUGAUGUUAGAUUAUUAGCUAAUUUAAAAGAAAUUGAAGAACCUUUUGAAAAAUCACAAAUUGGUUCAAGUGCUAUGGCUUAUAAAAGAAAUCCAAUGAGAUGUGAACGUGUUUGUUCUCUUGCAAGACAUUUAGGUUCAUUAUAUAAUGAUGUUGUUCAAACUGCAAGUGUUCAAUGGUUUGAAAGAACUUUAGAUGAUUCAGCAAUUAGAAGAAUUUCAUUACCUUCAGCCUUUUUAACAACAGAUAUUUUAUUAAGUACUUUAUUAAACAUUACAUCUGGAUUAGUUGUUUAUCCAAAAGUUAUUGAAAGAAGAAUUAAAGGUGAAUUACCAUUCAUGGCUACAGAAAAUGUUAUUAUGGCCAUGGUGGAAAAAGGUGCUUCAAGACAAGAAGUUCAUGAAGAAAUCAGAGUUUUAUCACAUCAAGCAGCUGCAGUUGUUAAACAAGAAGGUGGUGAUAAUGAUUUAAUUGAAAGAAUUAAAAACACUGAAUUUUUCAAACCAAUUCAUAAUGAAUUAGAAUCUCUUUUAGAUCCAAGUACAUUUGUUGGUAGAGCUCCACAACAAGUUACUAAAUUCUUAGCAAAAGAUGUUAAAAAUGCUUUAGAACCAUUCAAGGAACAUAUCACUGAAGAAAAUGUCAAAUUGAGUGUUUAG